AUUCUUAAGCCGGCUACUUAUCGGUGAACGCCAGUGGCAAGGGCGUCUGCCUGACGCAGGUAUUUUGGCUGAAGAUCUCGACAGUAGCCUUCACUGGCCUUAGGAAGAUAUGGGUGUGGACUACGUUGCACGAAAGUCUGCCAAGAAGCGGAAAAAGAAGGAACGGCAGGCGGUCGGCAAAGAUGGCGUCGCUCAGAGGGAGCGGCGGCGCAAGAAGAUUCGGCGGCUAUGUCAGGGUGUUUGCUAUAAAAUGCCCGCAUUGACUGAGGAGGACAAGCAGUGGUCAGAUGGGGAGGAUCAUAACGCAGGCGCGCCGGACAGCGACACCGAGGAGGCAAUUGCCCGGGCAAACUCCCAUCGCGAUGCCAGCACCAGCGGCGCCGACGACGCCAAGCAACCCAAAUCCACCAAAAAGCAGGACCAGAAAAAACGAAAGCGCAAGGAAGCAACCGCCGAUGGCCAGCAGGCUGGCAAGCUCUCCACAUCCGUAAAGCUCCUCGACCCCGCAGUCCUCGCGGAAAACGCUCGGCAGGCUGCGCUACGCAAGCUGCCUCCCGGCGCCAAGGCGGACGACCUGGAGCGCUUCCCGCCCCUGCUGCAGGCGUGCAUGCUGUCGCUACACCACGUGGAGCCCACCCCCAUCCAGGAGCUCUGCUGGCCGCCCGCGCUGGAGGGCGGGGACCUGCAGGGUGUCGCCGAGCCGGGCAGCGGCAAGACGCUGGCGUACCUGCUUCCGGGGCUGGUCAGGCUGCAG